AUGACACACAGAGCUCACACCUCACGUUCUCAUGCAGGGAUCUCUGGCUUGGAGGAAGUAUAUCACUCCCUGGGACCUGGCAGAAAGGCUGACCGGGAUUUGGCGAUAGUAAUCAUCCUUCUACUACAGAUAAUAGUUGGAAUUCUGGGGAAUUUCUCUCUUCUUUACCAUUAUCUCUUGCUUCACUUGACAGAAUGCAGGGUUAGGUCCACAGAUGUGCUUCUCAAGCACCUGACUGUGGCCAAUCUCUUAGUCAUUUCUUCUAAAGGAAUCCCCCAAACGAUGGCAGGUUUGGGGUUGAAAUAUUUCCUUAGUGAUUUUGCAUGCAAACUUGUUUUCUAUGUGCACAGAGUGGGCAGGGAUGUGGCCAUUGGAACCAUCUGCCUCCUGAGUGUCUUCCAGGUCAUUAUAAUUAGUCCCAGAAACUCCAGAUGGUUAGAGCUUAAAGUGAGAGCUCCAGGCACCUCCAGCAUCCUCUGCUGGGUCCUGAACAUGAUGCUAAAUAUUACUGCUAUUUUGUUUAUCACUGGCACAAGAAACAACAUAACCAUUACAAGGAAAAGUGAUUAUGACUACUGUUAUUCCAUAAGUGGUAGCCACAUAGCACAGUCAUUGUAUGUAGCACCAAUAUUGUUCCGUAAUGGUUUCUGUUUGGGGCUCAUGAUCUGGGCCAGUGGUUGCAUCAUCCUGCACCAGCACAAGUGGCGGGUCCAAUACAUUCACAGGAAUACUCUUUCCCCCAGACCCUCCCCUGAGAGCACAGCCACCCGAAGCACCCUUGUCCUGGGGAGCACUUGUGUUUUCUUCUGGACUCUGUCCUCCCUCUUCCACAUCUGUCUGGUCGUGUUUAACAACCCCAGUCUGUGGCUGAGGAAUGCUUCUGUACUACUGAACACAUGUUUUCCUACUGUCAGUCCCUACAUCCUCAUGAGCCAUGACUCCAGAAUGUCCAGCCUCUGCUUUCCUUGCAAAGGAACACAAAAUCACUUAAGCUGA